ACGUCAGGGGGCUGCUGGGAGCUUGUUAUUAGAGGAGGAGGAGGAGGAAGAGGAGUGAAUGGGACGCGGGCUGCGGGCUCUGGAGGGGGUGAGGCUGCCUGCUACAGGAGGGCAGACGGCGUUGUGAGGAGAGCCCCCUUGAAAAGUGACUGGACUGUGUGCCCGGAGACCUGAAGCCCCCUCCUCCUCCCUGGAUACUGUAUCACAGCCUCCUCCUUACCUGUGGUCAGAGGUCUCCUUUAUGUCCUCCUUCCACUCCUAGCCUUUGGUUUCCCCUAUAUUUCCUCUUCUGUAUCCCCCUCUAUUUGCUCUGGUUACUUUGUAUCUAGAUCACCCCCAUUUUCUUCUACUACUGACUCAUUUUCCCCACAUCACCUAUUCUGUCUCACAUCCCUCCCUCCGCUAUUCCCAGCCUCUCCUCAACUGAAAAGUUUUGGGGGCUCCUCUGCCUGCGAUGACCUUGGCACACUGAGGGGGGCUCCUAUAGACGUGCAGUCCAGUGCCCCCCCAAUCUCCUGGUGUCUUAGCGGAAAUGAGACUAUCCAUGGUGUUGUCCUUGCUGCGGCCGGUGGGCCCGGUGGUGGUGGGCAUCUCCCUGGGCUUCACGCUCAGUUUGCUUAGUGUCACCUGGGUGGAAGAACCUUGUGGAAGUGGCCCAAGACUACCUACUAGGCAAGAACUUAAAGAUUCCGGGCACGAUGUGAGCAGCGUGUGGAAGCCCGUGUCUGUCCCUGCCGGUAUGGACAACAAUGAGAACUUCGAGCCCAAGAUCAUCCCGUACAAUCCUCCAGACCCCCAGAAGGUGCAGAAGAAACCCGUCCGGUCUCGCUACAUCAGCACAGAACUUGGCAUCAGAGAGCAGCUCUUUGUUGGCGUCCUGACCUCCAAGACCACCCUGAAUACCCUGGCUGUAGCCGUCAACCGGACUCUAGGCCACCGGCUGGAUAGGCUGGUCUACUUCACGGGCAUGCGCGGCCGAAAGCUCCCUCACGGCAUGACUGUGGUGACCCACGGAGAUGACCGGCCCAUCUGGAACAUGUACCAGACGAUGAAGCAUCUGCUGGAUCACUACAUCCAAGAGUACGACUGGUUCUACCUGGUGCAGGACGACACUUACACUGAGGCUCACCGGAUUUCCAAACUCGCCGCCCAUCUGAGCAUCGAUGCCGACUUGUACCUGGGCCGGCCUGAGGAGUUCAUCGGCGGUGACACCGAGGGGAGGUACUGCUACGGAGGAUUCGGCUAUCUCCUUUCCAGAAGUCUUCUGAAAAAGCUGCAGCCGCAUUUGGAAAGCUGCCGCAACGAUAUCCUGAGCGCCAGACCCGACGAGUGGCUCGGGAGAUGCAUCAUCGAUUACACCCACGUCAACUGCGUCGAAGUGCACGAGGGAAUUCGGUAUCGUUACUUUGAACUUGGGAAGAACGUGGACCCUGAAAAGGAGAGUGACCCCCGCUUUAAGGUCGCCUUCACCGCCCACCCGGUCCUGGAUCCGGUGCAGAUGUAUCGUCUACAUAAGCACUUUGCUCAGCUGGAACUGGAGAAGACCUACCAAGAAAUGGAGCAGCUACAGCGCGAGGUGCAGAACAUAAGCAGCCUGACAGUAGAGGGAGAGCAGUCUGCCACGUGGCCUCUAGGAAUCAACCCUCCAUUCAAGCCCAGGACACGCUUCGAAGUCCUGAAGUGGGAUUACUUCACUGAAGACCAGACCUUCUCUUGUAUUGACGACGCUCCAAAGUGUGAGCUGAUCGGGGCCGACCUUGCCGACGUGACCGAUGUCAUCAGCACAGCCAUUGACGAGUUAAACCGCAAAUACCAGCCGGUGUUGCACGUGCGUAAACAGCAGCUCCUGAAUGGCUACCGGCGUUUUGACCCAACGCGAGGCAUGGAAUACACGUUGGAUCUCCAGUUGGAGCUGGUGACUCAGAAGGGUCACAGCCGCUCCAUUACAAAGAGGGUCCAUCUGGUCCGUCCGCUUAGCGAGGUAGAGAUCAUCCCCAUGCCGUAUGUGACUGAAGCCAGCCGCAUCAACAUUAUCCUACCCCUGACGGCGCAGGACCGGGAGCACGCUGCACGCUUCCUCCAGGCCUUCGCAGACAUCCAAGGCAAUGAAAACUCUCUGCUUACCCUGCUCUUCAUCUACGACCCCUUCCAAGCUCAGCAGGUCAGCCAAAAUGACAUCUUCGUCCAAGUCAAGAGCCAGAUCUCAGAGUACGAACGCAAGCACCACAACAUCAAGAUCCCCUGGAUCAGUGUGAAGACCGAUGCUCCUUCUCAGAUCCGCCUCAUGGACAUCAUCUCCAAGAAGCACCCGGUGGACACCCUGUUUUUCCUGGCAGGUGUCGGCAGCCACGUCGGCAUGGAAUUCCUCAACCGUUGCCGCAUGAACACCAUCAACAACUGGCAGGUCUUCUUCCCCAUUCACUUUCAGGGUUACAGCCCCGAGGUGUCUGAGCACGGCCAACAGUCUCCUUCGGGAACUCUAGAACUCGUACGGGACGCAGGCCGCUUUGACAGGGAUGUCUUUGAGGAAGCUUGUUUCUACAACGCCGACUACAUGGCGGCCAGGACAAAAAUGACUGCCGAUGCUCAAGAGAACGAGGAAAUCUUGGAGAUGAUAGAUAUUUAUGAGAUGUUUAUUCGCUACUCUGGGCUCCAUGUUUUCCGGGCUGUGGAGCCGGCCCUCCUCCAGCCAUACCGUACAAGAGCUUGUAACCCGCGUCUCAGCGAGGAAAUCUACCACCGGUGCGUGCAGAGCAAUCUGGAAGGACUGGGCUCUCGCUCCCAGCUGGCCAUGCUGUUAUUCGAGCAGGAACAGGGGAACAGCACCUGACCACAAUGUUAAGGGCCAUGCCUCAGACCGAGUGCGGUCAUGGGGCGAUCGAGACCCUCAGACUGUUGUAACCUUUCCAGGACACUGAAACAGGUGCCAGGAACCAAGCCUUGGCGGCACCUCCCAUAAUUGCAGGUCACGGUCUACAGCCUUGGCGAUUAGACUGACAUACAAACUGACGUGUGGUUGGACGCGAGGGGGCCUCCCCCUUCAAUAAUGGACCUCUGUGUUUUGUGCUCUCUGCACCCACUUUGCCAUCACUGCUGCUUCUACUACCUGCUUGGAAACUGAAGGACUCAUUACCCAGCGGUACGAGCACCCGUCUUUUUAGAAACUCCCGAAAAAGAACACUUGAAUACAAAAAAAAAAAAAAAUAUACAAAAAAUUGUCCUAUCUUUGUGAACCCUUUAAUUUAUGUCUGUGGUCUGUUGGUUUUAUAAUAUUUUUACUUUGGACUCUCAGAAGGCUUUCACGUUGUCCUGUCCCAUUGGGCGUUUUUUUUUUUUUUUCAUUUUUAUUAAAUCCAAAUGGUCCGUUCUCUUUGGCCCAUCCCCCGCACACCAUUCACUCUGUACUGUGUAGAUGUGUGUGUGAUUCUCCUCUUGCUCAGUCAGCCAUGAAAGUUGGUGUGUCUGCAGAAAAAGCUGCACGGUGUCAUCUGAGGGCUAACACUCCACCCCAAAUGGCGUUUUGCAUCUUUGUGUUUAACGUUUUCAAGAUCUCUGCUUGCUGUCAGUGAAUGAAACCAUUCUUGCUUACAUCCAGAGACUGCACGCCUGUCCUGAUUUCGUCCGGGUGCCGCACAGUUUCAGCAAAUAAAGCUAUUUACUCUAAUACUUUCUGAAAACUGAAGAACAGAGACCAUCUCUGCUUGCUGUCAUUCUAUCAGAGCUUUCAUUCUUCCACGGGAUAUAAAUCUGUCCUGGUCAUGUGACAGACACACAGGGGCACGCCCCCAUUCUUGUUCGGGUAUGUUCACAUGGAGGUUUUUAUCACAUGGAUUCGGAAUAUGUUCAGAAAUCCACACGGAAUUCACUUAAAAUCCGUCUCCCAUGGCUUCCAAAUCGGCGUGUCCCUUUCAGUUAUCGGAACGGUUAUGUAAUGAGCCGUGCACCCAAUCAUGUAACCCCCUGAAAGUAAAUCUUGAAGGUUCAUGUUAAUUGACAGCAAGCAGAGAUCUUUAAAACCAUAGCAAAUUGAUACAGAAAGUGUAUAGCAAACGGUUAUGUCAUUCUACAAGGCAUAAUAGUUGCAUGUAAUUCCCUUUUUCAGUGUAUCAUUCACUGACUGCAAACAGUGAUCUUAAAAGGGCACAAAGUCUAUUAGAAAUCUGCAGUGUUUGUUGAGAUUUUUUUUGUUUUUGUAUUUUUUGCAUCAAACAGAAAAAUCCUAUAAAAAAAAGCUCUGAUUUGAUGUUUUUUAUUUGAAUAUCGGAGGGAAUUGCUGCUGCACGGAAGUUCCACUGAAGCCAAUGAGGAGCUGUUUGUGGCAGCCUGUACCCCGAGACUGGUACAUCAGACUAUUUCCUGCUCUAAACCAGAGCUUCCCCUUUAAGACCCGGUGACUACACUCCUGCAUUUCUAGAACUUGAACGUUGUAGCUCUGUACUGAUUUCGCACUGGGGACAGAUGAGGCGCGGGGCAGCGAUCAUUCCGAAGACUUUAUAGAUUUCUUUAUAGACACCCCAGGCUCCUCCUUGAAAGCAAUCAUUUUUAUAUUAUAAAUCUAUUUAAUAUUUGGGGGGUUUGUCAUUGAUUUUAAAUAUUACUACUUUAAUAAAAAUGCAACAAAAA